AUUUAUGCCCGCAAUAGAAUAGGUGAGACAUGGGUUCUGUUGAUCAAGGAAGUAGUCCUGACACAGGAUUUCUUUCUUUCAUUGGAGCACAUGAGUUCUUCUCUCCUGAGUUGUGGAGGGCAGCAAUUACAGAGUUUGUGUCAACAGCGUUUCUUUUAUUGACACUAACACUUGCAAUCAUGGCUUGCUUGGAUUACAAUGACACCUCUUCAAAGCUUCUUAUACCAUUUGCAGUGUUUUUUAUUGCCUUUCUCUUAUUGAUCUAUGCAGUUCCUUUAUCUGGUGGUCAUAUGAACCCUGUUUUCACCUUCAUAGCUGUUCUCAGAGGACUCAUAACCAUCACAAGGGCUAUCAUAUACAUCUUGGCCCAAUGUCUUGGGUCCAUAAUGGGCUUCUUCGUAAUCAAGAGCGUGAUGGCCCAGUCCGAAGUUGAAAAGUACGCAUUAGGAGGUUGCAGAAUUGGUGGGCUAGGCCCAGGAACUGCACUUGUAGUUGAGGUUACAAGCAAUUUUGUGGUGCUUCUUGUUGGAGUGACUGUGGGAUUUGACAAGAGGAGGUGGGAAGAACUUGGGUCUGCAAUGGUUUGUGUUGUAGUUGCAGGUUCUUUUGCACUUGGAGUUUUUGUUUCAACGGUUAUAACUGGGCGGGCCGAUUAUGGUGGUGCGGGCUUGAACCCUGCAAGGUGUUUGGGCCCUGCAUUAUGGUAUGGUGGGCCUUUAUGGGAUGGGCAUUGGGUUUUUUGGUGUGGGCCUUUUCUCGCUUGUAUUAUCUAUUUUGGAUAUUCACUAACUUUGCCUCAAAAGGGUUUGGUGUUAGGAGAGAGUCACAUAGUGAAGCAAAUUAGGGUUAGUUGUUUGGGUGGCAAUAAUUCUCUUGAGCAUUACCAUGGAAAAGUCUGAGGAACUAUGGAGUAUGAACAAUCAACUAUGCCGAAGAAAGUGCUAGCCAGUGGAAGAGCACAAUUUAGCUUCUUGUACAAUAAUAGUACUUUUUCUUGGAAUUUGAUUGUGUGCUUUAUGGAACCUCCCUUGAAUUAAUAAUA